UUUAAAUGCGGGGCACGCAUGGAGGCCGGAGCAGAGCGCCACGACUCGAGUAGUUGAGCAGUAGCAGCCGCUCCCCUUGCCUAGACCCCCCGUCUCUCCCCUCCCUCCUCUCCAGCCCCAGCCCCGCCGCCUACGGCACGCACAACCGCUCCAUUCACGUGCCCUAAUCCUCGGCCGCAGCUCUCCUCUCCGUCCGUCCGCCCCCGGAAUGGAGCCCAAGAGGUCCUCGCCCCAGCCGCGCGCGGCGACGACUAAGAAGUCGCCUCCCCGCGCCGCCGCCGCCGACGCCGCCGGGGCCGACUCGCCGCUCAGCAGCCUGUUCCACCCGGCGUCGCACGGGGUAAACGGCAAAGAGCAGGACCUGUACGCCAUUCUUUUCAAAGGGCAGAACGGCAAUGCUCAGGCUAGCAUGACAGGUAAUGGUCAAUCCCAGUGGAGUCCUGCUAAAAGCCGUACAACAUACACCAAGGAUAACAAGUAUGACUCAGUUGGCACGUCGUCUUGUUUUGGUUCUUCUGUGCACUAUGGCGGCCGAGACUAUUAUGGCAGCUCUGCACCUAAGCAAGCCGCGGAAUACAGUGAUUACAAGGUGGAUAAGAAGGAUCCUGUCGCAGAUUCUCAUGGCGAUUGGUGGCAAGGCUCGUUUUACUACUAAGCAAGUGCUUGGUGUCCUCUCCCUUGUCGAACAAGGAAAUCGAAGGGGGGAAGGUGUUGUACCUAUUUUCCUUGAUAGCAGUUAUUAUACCUUACAUAGUGGAGAAGACAUUCGCUCAUCGGUGGUGGCAGUAUUUGGACGCAUCAUCACUCCUGGGCAGAUGCUGUGUGUGUGCCUUUUACCUUCUUGUUGUUCCGUAGCAUGUGCUUUAGCUGUGAAAUGUAAUGAACUUACAAGAACCUUAAGAGCUAGGUGUCAGGUUGCAUAAAGGGUCCCAGUUCCAUUCCGCCCAACCUGGGCGGUCUGGUCUCCGACUCCUAUACAUAUUAUCAGACCUGUCUUGCUUGCACCGUCGGAUCCUCUCCCCAGACCAGAAGCGCUGGAGAAGCAGAGAUCAUUUACAUUGUACUACUACAAGUGUACUGUUGGAAUUUCAUAUAAGUUUGGAAA